CAAAGCCGCGACCAAAACCAGAAUACCAAGCUCGCUCUCUCACUCACUCACUCAAUGUCCGAGCAAUCCACGACACCGCCACCCCCCACCCCCACAAAAGGCGACCCAGAAUGGUGGAGGAAGAAAUUCAGUGGACUCCCGGGCCUAGGCCUAAGCGAUGAAAAACGCGCCGCCCACCGUGCUGAAGCCGAGUGUCGGAAGUGCGAGAAGAACCGAGACUACCUCAUGAACUACAGCCCCAUAAUCCGCUUCAUGCUACAGAACAUCUCAAAGCUAAACGGCAAAAUGGACGAUUCAAACAUAAGGUGCAUGCCCUGUGAGAACUUCCAGUCCGGCGGCUUCUCACCCGAGUAUGGGGUCCUACUCUGCCAGAACCGGUUGCGCGAUAGGGGGCAUAUGGAGGACACGCUCGCGCACGAACUCGUCCAUGUGUACGACCACUUGCGGUUUAGGGUUGAUUGGGAGGAGUUGAAACAUCAUGCUUGCUCUGAGAUCAGGGCGUCAAGUUUGAGUGGGGAAUGUCGGUGGGCGAGGGAGGCAUUUACGAGAGGAGUUUUCGACUUCACAAAACAGCACCAGGUUUGCGUCAAGCGACGGGCUAUUUUGUCUGUGCAGAAUAACCCAAAGUGCAACGGUGAAGCAGAGGCGACCAAGAUCGUCAACCAGGUCUUUGACUCUUGCUUUGCUGAUACCCGACCCUUUUCCGAGAUCUACCGCUAACUCUCUUCAACUCGUCAACCCCCCAAUUUGUAUCAUAUACCAGGAGCUCGCCAUCAUGGGAGAGAGGGAGCAAGUGUGGCUCUCUCUUAUGAUGCUCACGCAUUUGUAUAAUAACCUCGCCCUUCUUGCCUUUUCGCCUUGUACAACAUAGAAUUAUCAUUGACCUUUAA